GCGUGCGGCUGCCGCUCCUCUGCCCGCUUCCCAGGUCCCGCAGCCCCGCGCCGCCUCCUGGACCCGGACCCAGACCCGGUUCCGGACCCUCUGCGGGAUCCCAGCUCCUCCUCGAGCCGCCACGGGCCGCCAUGGCCUCUCUGGGGGACCUGGUGCGCGCCUGGCACCUGGGCGCGCAGGCCGUGGAUCGCGGGGACUGGGCCCGCGCCUUGCACCUGUUCUCGAGCGUCCCGGCGCCGUCCGCCAGGCUGUGCUUCAACGCGGGCUGCGUGCACCUGCUGGCCGGGGACGCCGAGGCCGCGCUGCGGGCAUUUGACCAAGCCGUGACCAAGGACACCUGCAUGGCGGUUGGCUUCUUCCAGCGAGGAGUGGCCAACUUCCAGCUGGCGAGAAACGCAGAUGAACGAAAAAGCCAUCUCUUCCUUGACUGAGGAGCCAGCAUUCGGGAUGAUGGCUGUGGGACUCUGCCUUUCUGGAUGACCACCCAGACCCCUCUGGGGGCGGCCUGUCCUUCAGACGGGCACGGGAAGCCCGCCGGAAGGAGAAGCGUUUCCGGCAGGCGCUAGGGAGCUCCAGCAAGGCUUGGAAGGAGGCUCAGAGUUUGGAGAGAUUGCCCCCUUGGGGUGGGGGGCCUGUGAAGAGGGAGGGAAAUAACCAAGGCGCUCUGCACAGUUCAGAAGAGAGGCUUGGGGGCAGGCAGGGGCCCAGGACGCUGAGUCUCAGCUGGGAAAAUGCUGGAGCCCCAGCACACGGUGACCCCCACACCCACUCAGAACACAUGUUCAUGGACCCCUGGCCCACCUACCCAGACCUGAGUGUGGAGACAGACACCGCACUGCCCUCCUUCAGGUCUCCUUGGAACCAGGUGUUGGGGGGCGCUGGAGCAGGGCUGGAUGUGAAAACUGCUCGGCCCCAGCCCCGUCUCCGCCCUGCGCCACUGAGGGGACCCUGGCUGCCCACAGGUUCCAGGAGGCUCUGUCUGACUUCCGGCUGGCCCUGGCACAGCUGAGGGGCCACGCUGCCAUCGACUACACACAGCUGGGCCUGCGGUUCAAGCUGCAAGCCUGGGAGGUGCUAUACAAUGUGGCGUCGGCACAGUGCCAGCUGGGGCUCUGGACAGAGGCGGCCGGCAGCCUGAGGGAGGCCAUGUCCAAGUGGCCGGAGGGGUCCCUGAAUGGCCUGGACUCAGCCCUGGACCAAGUGCAGAGACAGGGCUCACUGCCGCCACGGCAGGUUCCCAGGGGCGAGGUCUUCCGGCCCCACCGGCGGCAUCUGGAGCACCUGGAGCCCGUGGAUUUCCUGGGCAAGGCCAAGGUGGUGGCCUCUGCCAUCCCCGAUGACCAGCGGUGGGGUGUCCGCCCUCAGCAGCCACAGGGACUGGGAGCGAACCUCGAUGCCAGGUCCCCAGUCAUGGACUCCCCAAGAGCUGGCACCCACCAGGGCCCCCUCGAUGCAGAGACGGAGGUCGGUGCUGACCGCUGCACGUCGACCGCCUACCAGGAGCGGAGGCCCCAGGUGGAGCAAGUUGGCAAACAGGCUCCUCUCCCCCCAGGGCCGCCAGCAACGGGGGCGCCUGGCCCCGGCCCCUGUGAGGACCCCGCGGGUGCUGGGGUAAGAGGCUCCAGACCCUUCACCUGUCAGUCACCUGAGGGAGGCCGAGGCCAAACCCCAUCCCUCAGAAUCAAGGCUUGCAAGCCCCCCUCACCUGCCCAGUCUCUGCCCACACCCCUCGGGCUGAAGACGGCCCUGACCAGACCCGGAGCCUCAGUGGUCAUCCCUCCCCCUCCUGCCUGGCCGCAGGGAGCAGGUGCGGGGGGCUCCGAGCCCCUAGUGACUGUCACCGUGCAGUGCACCUUCACCGUGGCCCUGAGGGCAAGAAGAGGAGCCGACUUGUCCAGCCUGCGGGCACUGCUGGGCCAGGCCCUCCCUCACCAGGCCCAGCUUGGGCAACUCAGUUACCAAGCCCCAGGUGAGGACAGGCAGUGGGUCCCCAUCCCCGAGGAGGAGUCGCUGCAGAGGGCCUGGCUGGACGCGGCUGCUGGCCCCAGGGGGCUGCAGCUGCAGUGCAGGGGAGCUGGGGGCCGGCCAGUCCUCUACCAGGUGGUGGCCCAGUACGGCUACUCAGCCCAGGGGCCAGAGGACCUGGGUUUCCGACAGGGGGACAUGGUGGACGUCCUGUGUGAAGGUAGGGUGGGCAUGGCCCUUCACAGGCAGCACCGGGAUGCCCGGGGUGUGGGGGGCUUACGGCUUGGCCUGUGCCGUGAGCAGAUGUGGCACCCAGAGGCGUCUGGGUGCCACGUCUGGGUAGCACCCUGCAGAGCCCAACGUCCCUCUUGCAGUGGACGAGGCAUGGCUGGAGGGCCACUGUGACGGCCGCAUUGGCAUCUUCCCCAAGUGCUUCGUGGUCCCCGCCGGCCCUCAGAUGUCAGGAGCCCCCGGCUGCCUGCCCCAAUCCCAGCAGGGAGAUCAUCCCUAGCAAUGCUGUGUACAUGAUGUUUUAAUAAAAACCAUGCUCACUGCA